AUGGCACCACCCAAUUACCAUCACGGCCGGAAACUAAUUUUACAACCUUCAACUAAUAUCACCACCCAAUACUCUAUUUGCAUGUUUGAUUGUGAUCCAAAUCUAAACCACACCGGUGUUUGCUUACCUGAAUGCAUUCUUUUCUGUCCUACUCUUUGCGCCACCACCGGACCAUCGUCAUCUCCGGCCAACUCACCACCUUAUGAACAACCACCACCACCGGAAAACCCCAGCCAUCACCACCCACUACUCUCACUCCCUUUAAAACUUUCUGUUAUAUUCAUAACAGCCACUUUAUUUUACGCACUUUACAAGCUUUUCCGGCGGUGGCGCCGCCGUACGCCGCCGUCACCCUCGCCGGAAAAUCAAGAAAACCAUGAUCAUGAUCUGAAUGAUGUGGUUGAUCACCCCAUAUGGUAUAUUCGCACCACCGGGCUUCAACCGUCCGUGAUCAACGGUAUAAAGGUUGUUAAAUUCGAUAAAAACGAUAAGAUGAUUGAUGGGAGUGAUUGUUUGGUUUGUUUGAGUGAAUUUGAAGAAAAUGAUAUGGCUAGGUUGUUACCAAUAUGUAAACAUGUUUUUCAUAUAUCUUGUAUAGAUACUUGGCUUAGAUCACAUACAAAUUGCCCUUUAUGUCGUGCUGAAAUCGUUACUAACGACGUCGUUAGCACGCAUGUUAUGAUGGAAGUCGAGUUAAGGGAUUAUAACGAAGCGGGUGAAAGUUCUGAAUUGAGGGUUGAUGAAGAUGAAAUUAGUAACUAUUCUAUUGAUGAUGAUGGAGAUUUAGGGAUUGAAUUGGUGAAAAUUAAGUUACCAAUAAACAAGUGA